UGCUUUAAAAUUUCUCAAUUUCUUCGUUGCUUUCCUUCUCCCCGCGGCCAAUCUUUUCGUUGCUGCUUCGCUUCGCGUGAAGUAGCGUUUCGUUGCUGUUACUUCUCCUCGCGGCCAUUUCUUCGUCGCUUCUUCGCCUCGUUCGACGCCGUCGGAUUGGAAGUCUCGCUGCGAAGGAUGGCUUUGUUAAAUGCAACUUCCUCUAGGCCUAUUUUGAUGAGAACAGUUGGGAAAUCUGAAAUCUGCUGUAGUCCGAAGCUGCAACUUAAAAGGUCUAGGAUAGCAGUUCCCUAUGCCGAAUCUCAAUGUUUUAACCACAAACAAAGCCUUUAUUAUGCUCGACGGCUUCGACAUGGUGCACUGAUUUGUGCUUCUGCUUUGCAGAAUGCAAAAUGUGCUGCAGAACAAACGCAGACUGUUCAACGCCAAUCUACCACAAUCAGUAAUGCUCCCAUACAAAAUAAGGAGAAAUCACCAGAGCUUGAUGAUGGUGGUACUGGCUUUCCUCCGCGGGAUGAUGAUGGCGGUGGCGGCGGCGGAGGUGGCGGAGGACCUAAUUGGUCUGGUGGUUUCUUCUUUUUCGGUCUGCUUGCUUUUCUAGGCUUGCUGAAGGAUCAAGAAAGUGAGGGACCCUACCGGGACAACAACAGAAGAUAAAAUACAAAUUUGUUUUUCUAAUAGAACUUCACAAUGAUAAUCCAACAAUGGGAUUGUACAUGAACAGUGUCUGAAAUUGCAUGAUGUAGCUAUAUGUAUUACAAUGCUAAGGUUUAAAGUAUUAUAAAGCUCCAAAGAGGGUGGUGUGAGGGGAGAAGAAUAUAUAUCUCUUCUCCCAAUUGUUAUGUAAGCUAGAUUGGUUUCCAAAUUCCAAUAAGAUGCCAUUUAGAGAAGUUGCAUUAUCAA